CCACGAGUCCACGAGCACCACGACACCAGCCACACCGCACCGCCACACACCACUGUUCAGCAACAACCAUGGAUCCCAGCAACAACACCGGCAGCGGCGGAAGCGCAACAAUGACUGCGUCUGGGCAGGUGCGGCGCCGCCGCAGCGUGCCGUUCAAGUUCCUUGUGCCGCUGGUGUAUGCGCCAGCCCUGCCACUGGUACGCAUCGCCUUCAAGAAGCAGCCGGUCUUGCGGCAGCGCCUGUUCUUCGGCCUCAUCGGUGCCGCCAUCAUGCACGGCACAUACCUUCUCAUGUUCGACCUCUCCCUCGACUCGAGCGCCGAAGCCACGCGAAGUGGCCUUCCACCGCCGCCCAGCGGCCUUCCAGACAUCUACCACCAGAACCAGCAGCCAGCCACAGCAUCAUCCUCGUCCUCCUCCACACAACAGCAGUCUUAAUGCGCGUGCAUGUGCUUUUGUGUAUGUGUGUGUCUGCCUCUGUGUAUUGCUCUUCUUGUUUUUUUAAGGGAGUGUGUCGUUGUCAAAAGCGUUGAAUGUGACGGCGCAGUUUGUCUCGUUUCCGCCUUCCACAAGUCCUGUGUACACUUGUCGAAUGCUUUCUGUCUCCGCCUGCGUUCUGUUUCCUUUUGAUCCUUCCUUUCCCGCGCUAGCUUCUCAAAGCCCCUUUCAACGUGUCGUUGAACUGUCGUGCUUUUCCUGAUGUGAGCUUGCAUUAGGACAGCUCUUUGUUUGUGCUCUUUGUUUGUUUGUCUUGUUGCAUCUUUUUUACUCAACAGCCCAUUUUGACCACCUCCCAUAUCGCCUCCUUGCUCGCUUUCUCAUGACGUUGCCGGCCCCUCUCCGCUUUUCUUCCACGACUGCGUCUGUUCCACUGUGUUUUCGCUGAUUUUGAUUCGUUACAUUGACGUGCACGUGUGAUGCUUCACGAGGGCACGCGGUUCAGCUACAAUACACGGACAGAGUUCUGACUGACAACAA